ACAACUUCAACGGUGUGAUAAUGCGGGAACAUCCGCGUUAAGCGUUAUUAGUGCUCAUUGUAAGCGACAAAACGUAUAAUAUAGUUUUCGUUAAAGACUAAUUUAAGAAAGUGCUGAGUGCAUUGGGUAAUAAUUAAUUACUUCCGAGCAAUUUGAGUGCUUUUGAAAAUAAAAAUUAAGCUAUCACGAUGCCUAUUACCGACAAUAUUGGAAAAGAAAAUUUUUCUGAACUUUUGGAUAAAUCCUUAAACAAGAACGCACGGAAAAUUUUAAAUGAAAAAUUUAGUAAUGGUCAAAAAGAGCCCAUAACGGCAGCAUCAAAAGUCUACGAGGAGCAGGCAAGUAAUGAUGAAGACAAGCGUACAACUGUGACAACGGCGUCCGGUAGCUCUGUCGCGAAAUUCGACCCAUCCAUAGAGCCAUUGCUUAAAGAAAAUCCCAAACGUUUUGUCAUUUUUCCAAUUCAAUAUCCCGACAUAUGGAAGAUGUACAAAAAGGCGGAAGCAUCUUUUUGGACUGCAGAAGAAGUUGACCUCUCUAAAGAUAUCGACGAUUGGAAUCGGUUAAGUAAUGGCGAACGUCAUUUUAUUUCACACGUUUUGGCUUUUUUUGCGGCAUCCGAUGGUAUUGUUAAUGAGAAUUUAGUGGAACGAUUUUCCCAAGAGGUUCAAAUAACCGAAGCACGUUGCUUUUAUGGGUUUCAAAUUGCCAUGGAAAAUGUACACUCGGAAAUGUAUAGUUUACUUAUCGAAACAUAUAUCAGAGAUGAGAAAGAAAAGGAAUAUCUAUUUAAUGCCAUUGAGACAAUGCCAUUGGUUAAGAAGAAGGCGGAAUGGGCACUAGCUUGGAUAUCAUCGCAUUCGGCUAAUUUCGGUGAACGUGUUAUAGCUUUCGCUGCCGUCGAAGGUAUAUUCUUUAGUGGGAGCUUCGCUUCGAUAUUUUGGCUAAAGAAACGUGGAAUAAUGCCAGGUUUAACGUUCUCUAAUGAAAUGAUAUCACGCGAUGAAGGCUUGCACUGUGAAUUUGCGGUAUUAAUGUUUAAACAUUUGAUACAAAAACCGAGCAAAGAACGGAUUUUGGAAAUAAUAACAGAUGCCGUUAAAAUUGAAAAAGAGUUUUUGACAGAGGCCUUACCAGUCGACUUAAUUGGCAUGAACAGCGAAAGUAUGUGUAAAUAUAUAGAAUAUGUUGCCGAUCGUUUGCUAUUAGAACUAGAGGUGGGAAAGCAUUAUUUAACUGAAAAUCCAUUUGAAUUCAUGAAUAAAAUAAGUAUUGAUGGCAAAACGAAUUUCUUUGAGAAAAGAGUUGGGGAAUAUCAAAAAAUUGGCGUAUCCAGUGAUGAUGAUCAGAAUAAAUUUACCCUAAGUCUCGAAUUUUAAAUAGAACUUAUGUAUUUUAAAAUAUUAAUAGCUUUAUGUGUUAUUGUAUAUUUGUCUCUUUCUAUAUAUUUUAAUGCCAUUUAUUAGAAGAUAUAAACUGAUUUCUUUCAUGCUCCACUGCAAAUUAUUCCAUAUCUUCUCACAUCUCUUUUGAUCAUUCACCUUUCACGUUUUUUCGUUUAUU